AUGGCUGAGAGGAUUCGAAAGCAGGAGACCGAAAAGUUGGCGCACAAGCUGAAGGGCAUCAACGAGAAGGAAAGAGAAGCAGUCGAAAAGCUGACACGUCACAUUGUGGAUCAGAUCUUCCGGCCCAUUUACUACUCCAUGAAGGAAGAUGAAGCGAUGGAGGAGAAGAAGGACAAGAUUUGGGCUCUCAAGAACAUGUUCAAGCUCGAGCCUGUCUACAAGCGAGGGCUGCUGACCGAGGGCAAGACCAAGGGGCAGCUGAAUGCUUGA